GAUGUCUGUUCGUCUCGCUGCACAACAUCGGCAGUUGCGAAGCGAACAGAUUGAAAUUAAGUGUGUACAUAACUCGAUGUUCUAACACUGACAUGACCUAAAAAACAACAGUCGAAGAGCGUAGAACCAGCAGAUUACGCUGCCAUAUUGUCAUGGUUGUAGGCAAGUGCGAAACACGUUAAUAAUACUCGGAUGCAUUAUAUUACUUAGGGGCACAUGCGAACUGAGAGGGGAUGCAGCAACCGAUUCCAUCGGCCCCCGGCAUCAGCAACACGGGGCCACCGCGCAUACUGGAAAUAAGGAAGGAACGAUCACGAGAUGCUGCACGCUCCAGACGUGGGAAAGAGAACUUCGAGUUUUACGAGUUGGCAAAGAUGUUGCCGCUCCCGGGUGCCAUCACUGGCCAGCUGGACAAGGCCUCCAUUAUCCGCCUCACCAUCAGUUAUCUCAAGCUGCGGGACUUCUCCAGCCAUGGUGAUCCUCCGUGGAGCAGAGACGGACCACCACCCAAUAAGACCAUUGCAAAAGGAAAUCAGAGUCGAAGACGAAGUAUGUCGGCAGUUGCCAUGGAAAUAUUCGAAACCAGCCAAGGCUCACAUAUUUUACAGUCCCUGGAUGGUUUUGGUUUUUCUUUAACAAAUGAUGGAAGAUUUCUCUAUAUAUCAGAAACCGUUUCCAUUUAUCUGGGGCUCUCACAGGUGGAGAUGACAGGCAGCAGCAUCUUUGAUUACAUACACCAGCAGGAUCACUCUGAGCUCUCAGAUCAGUUUGGUCUCAAUCCACCACAAGGAACGCCCUCUGGUGGCUCCACAUCAGACGACUCAUCUUCCACUGCAGGGACGCCAACCAUAACUUCUCCCUUACAUGAACGAGCUGGUAUCAUGACCCCUAACCUAAGCAAAGGUUUUGACAGAUCCUUCAGUAUUCGUAUGAAAUCCACACUAACUAAGAGAGGUGUACAUGUUAAAACAUCUGGAUAUAGAUCCCUGGAUGGUUUUGGUUUUUCUUUAACAAAUGAUGGAAGAUUUCUCUAUAUAUCAGAAACCGUUUCCAUUUAUCUGGGGCUCUCACAGGUGGAGAUGACAGGCAGCAGCAUCUUUGAUUACAUACACCAGCAGGAUCACUCUGAGCUCUCAGAUCAGUUUGGUCUCAAUCCACCACAAGGAACGCCCUCUGGUGGCUCCACAUCAGACGACUCAUCUUCCACUGCAGGGACGCCAACCAUAACUUCUCCCUUACAUGAACGAGCUGGUAUCAUGACCCCUAACCUAAGCAAAGGUUUUGACAGAUCCUUCAGUAUUCGUAUGAAAUCCACACUAACUAAGAGAGGUGUACAUGUUAAAACAUCUGGAUAUAGAGUAGUCCAUAUACUUGCUCAUAUGCGGCCACAGUUCAGUUUCUCCGUUAAUAGGAAGCAUCCCCCGCACCUUAUUGGAAUUGUUGGCAUAGCACUGGCGCUGCCACCUCCAACUAUAAGUGAAUUACGGAUGGAGAACGACACAUUUGUGACGAGACUUGGUUUAGACUUUACUGUUUCUUAUUGUGAACCAAAAAUUAGUGAAUUGAUGAACAUAUCUCCAGAUGAUCUCAACAACAGGAGUCUUUAUGAUUUCAUUCAUGCAGAAGAUUUGAAGAGGAUUCGGAAAUCUCAUGUAGAUUUAUUGUCAAAAGGCCAGGUGUUGACAGACUACUACCGUAUGCUGAACAAACAUGGUGGCUACGUAUGGGUGCAGACAUGUGCGAUGAUGAUACUGAAUAAGAAUGAUGAAGUUAUCAGCACCAUCAUCGGAGUCAAUACGGUAUUAAGUGGUAUUGAGUAUUCCAACUGCAUCAUGGACACCAGUCAGAUGAAGACCGUCUUCACACCUGAUCCUGACCAGUCUGACCACUCUGAAAAUGACUCUGGAUCUGAUCAAGACCCUGGCAAAAAUGGAGAAAAAGAUACUCCCAGUUUAGAACCUUCCGUAGUUCCUCAUGGCACGGUGGCCUCUUCUAGUGCUAACAGGAAUGGCAGUCGCCAGGCUUCAUCAACUGGGAAAAGUCAUUCUUCUAGUCAUGAAACACAGUCGCCCGAGGCUGCACUAGAAAAGAUAUCAAACACAAAAGAGGUUGACAUUUUAUCUGAGGAUGUAUUUUUUGAAGAUUCAAAUAAAACGGAUACCAGAAUUUCCAGGAGAAAACUAGACAAGCCUCGCAAGCGCAAGCGUUCGUUAGCUGAUGAAAUCCAGAGUCAUCUUGAUAAGUAUUCAGGUACGGUUCAGAACAAUACGAGACUUGAUGAUGAAAAUGGUGCCCAAGGAACAGAGCAGAUGCAAAAACAGGACAAUGACUCUUCUGCUACUGAACAGUAUCAAAUGUCAUCUGUUGCUUCAGAUAUGGACCAAAGUCCACCCGCAGAAGUUGCUGCACAUAUCCAAUCUCCCAUUCCAGAAGAUUUAACCCUGAGACCAAGAUCCAACCCCUUACAGUCCCCACCCCUACAGCCCAACACACCAGGUUCUGUGGCAAAUAGCACCAAAAGUUCUGAGAACUUUAAGUCAACACAGCAGACAUUGCAAAGUCCCUUCUCUGACCAAGAUGAAAAUGGUGGAAAUGCAGUACGUGAUCUCGAGAAAGCCAUGAACAAACAUCUACCUACGGAUGGAGAUGGUUUCCACAACGACAUGUCAUCCAUUACACAAUCCGGUGCCUUGCCAUCGAAACAGCAGCAACAGCAGCAGCAACAACAACAACAGCAGGUAAAGUUACAACAACAACAACAACAGCAGCAGCAGCAACAGCAGCAGCAAAAAUCCACAAUCCAGUGGAUAGGUUCUCAGCCUUCUGGUGUUGCAUCCAAUCUCCCAGCAUCCAGUUUACUACGUCAUAUUUAUGCCAAUAGGGAAUCCGUUAUUCGGCCAAAUAUUUACACGCCCAGGCCGCCAUUCUAUGGGGACAAUGUCCUCCAGGGGGCAACGAUGCUAACUCCUCCUGGUGAGGGAGCCUACAAGGAACAGCCAUCUUUUAGUCUGGUACCGUUUCCUGCCAGCUCUGUUCAGGUGCCAACAUCCUAUGGCCUAAUGGCAAACUAUACUAACAAUCACCCCCUGCCUCCUGGGGGUCUUCCAGAUUACAACAUCACCCCGCCCUCCUCGGUCUCUCCUCAGGAGAAGUACCAGUCUCCAUUUCCAGAUCCCACGCUCCUUGCACAACAUUAUUUUGUGGACGGUGGGCAGCAGAUGAAGGGGCAGGCCAGCGCCACGCCCGCCCCGGCACACACAGGCACAAGAUACGAUAGCAUGGCCUUAACAGCUCAGUACCAAACUGGCUUCUAUGCACACCAUGGGGCGUAUGCCGCCACCACCUCUUUUGGUGGAAGUGAUCUACGAGAUAAGCAGAAUUCGGACCAAUGGUCUUAAUUGUAAUUUUCCUUCCACUCCCACCCUCCAGGUUGUUACUCAGACUGUGUCUAAUGUGGUUGUCUUGUUUUUAUCUUUUUUUUUCAUCUGUUCAAGCACUGAGGAGUUUUGUGACAACUGGGAACGAUGAUAAUUAUAUUCCAGUGGGUGUGAUCUUGCAUCGAAGCAUACUAUUAUUUCCUUUUUUCAGUUUCAUACAGAGGUGAGGUUUGGCAAAAUCUUGAUAUAUUUGAAAUAAAUUUCAUACAGCUCUUCACCAUUCCUCCCCUCACAAAAUUCACCUUUGAAAUUUUUUGAAAUCACAAAGAAGAAAUUUCAGAUGAAAACAAAGAAUGUCUGAGUUCAUAGAAAACUAACUUACCAGUAUGGUUCCCAGUUGCUCAUGCUACUCGCAAUAGUUCCCAGAAGUCUACAUGUCGGAACAAGCUCAAUGAUACACUGGUACCUGUCUAUAUCAACAGGUCUCACAAGAUUGAUAUAAUAAAUAUGGUUUUGUAUUAGUCAUUAGAGUUGGGACGAUUUUAUUUAGAGAGAGAAGUAAAUCAUUUAAGGGUUUAGUGAUUUGAAGGUGCCAUGACAGUUAUAUUUAGAUUGUAAAAGAGAGAAUGAAGAAGAGGACUAGUUAUUUAUGAAUCUGUGAUAUCAUGAACUUUGUUAUUUUGAAGAAAUGUGUAUAUUGAAGAUAAAAAAGCUACUAUUAUUUCCUAUAAGGUUGGUAUUAGGAAAUUGUUUGGUAGAUUUUUUUAAGGUGGGGCAUGGAGUUGUGAAACUGUUAGCCCAGAUUUUCCUAGAAUUGUUCUGUAUUGUUUGUGGUGAAGAAAGAAAUGUUGUAGUUGGUUAAAUAGUUAAAUGUGCAAAGAUUUCUCCACAAAUUGAUUGCGUUUUAUGCUUCUCAUUUUUGUUUGUUGAAAUUAUUUUGAUAGAAUGCUUCACAUUUCUUUGUGAAUCUUUGUUUUUUUUCUCUUCAACCUGAUACAAGAAAGUACAAACAUUUUUCUUUAAUCCUUAUGGAAGUUAUAUCUUAGAUAUAUGCAGACUGCAAUUUUCUUUUAUUAGAGAGUGAAGUUUUUCCCCUCUGCUGUUAGAUGCAUUGUGUCAACUUGUCACUUCAAAUGCUCAUUUUAACAUUGUGGUUAAGAUUUUGUCUCACCUUAAAACUGGAGCAGUAUCAGGAAAACUUGGGCUUUCAAAUCAUGCCAUGUACAUGUAGCAUGUGUAGAAAAUUAGUCUUGAAUUCUAAUUAGUUUUAAAAACACUAGGUGAAUAGGAGCACUGAAAUUUGCACAACAUGAGGAAAAAUCAAAAAAGUGUUUUUCAUGUCUACUGUUAUAUGAGCAAAUCCAAAAUGUACAGUCAUUUCUUGUAUAAUAUAUAUACUACUAUUUUGAUAUACCAUGUUAUAACUUGCAUAUCAAGCACACACGGUUGAGGGUGCUAUGCUAUUAUCAUGAGAUUUUUUUGUAACUGUUACAUCUUUACACAAUUUUAUCUAUCAGACUUUGCUUGUUGAUGAUUGUUAAGUGUAUAUAUUUAACACAGCUUCGUAGAAGUUAUUAGUUUAUAUUACUUUUUAUGUAAAAGUGUGAAAGCUGCAACUCUGUUGGAUUAUAAUACGUAACAUGACUGCCAAUAUGAUGCAACUUGUUUGAAACAUUUUGCAGCUAAGCGUGUUCUAUUCGUAUAGGAGGUUGCAUUUAGAGAACUUUUGCCUCGUUGACAGCUUUGCCAUCUCUGCAGCUUUUCUUGAUCAUAUGCCUGCUUCUUUGUUCUAUUAAGGCCAGCAUUUAUUCUUAUUGUCUUUUGGUGUAUGUAUAUGUGUUUGUGUAUGUUUGUGUGGUUGAGAUAAUGGCUUUUAUUGUGCCAUGUGAUGGUAAUGAAGAUAGUGCAAUGUUUUUAACAUGGAAGGAAAAAAGAAACGGGAAGGUUUCGAAGCUAUUGACACCUUUGCCAUCCCGCUACACUGCUUUUCUUGAUCAUGCCUGUUCCUUUUUAAAAUUAAGGUCAUUAUUAUUAUAAUUGUUAUUAUUAUUUUUGACUUUUGGUUUGUGUCUGUGUUUGUGUAUUUGAGAUACGCUGUAGAUGCUUUUAUUGUGCCAUGUGAUGUUUAAUAUUGUGCAAUGAUUUUAACACUAACUUUUGAAGCAAUCGAUGCAUGCUUUUGUCCAAAAAAAAAAGACCAAAUGCUUCCUUUUAAAUAGCAUAAAAUUCCUUGGUGUGAACUAGGCCUAGCUUACUGAAUGAAUUAUUUUGAUAAUUGUAGGCAAGGUUUUACCAUAGCAAAAUGGCGAAUUGAAGAAUUAUCAAUUUUGAUUUCACACACACACACCGUCAGAUUGAAAUUUUAUGAUUUAUCAAUCAAUUUGCUGUGAUGGGUGCUUUUUAUGUACAGACGUAGUGUGUCUGUACCUAGAGCCUUUACUUUGACCAUUUUCCAUACAGUUUUUUUGGCACAUUGACAUUCUCAUGCUGUGACUUCAAUUUCCCAUGGACCUGAAACCUUGUGCUAGAAACAUUUUCUGAAUUUCUCCACAUCAGUAGUACAUUUUUAAAAAUUACUAGUGGUUGUGCUGCUAUGUAAUA